AUGGAUACCCUCAGCAACCUUGCCAGCGGAGCUAGCAAGCUCAUCUACGGCGACAACAAGGAAGAGCAGUCUGGGCAGGAGCCCGUUUCGGGUCAGUCGGGAGCCGGCACGGCGACCGAUCCCUUCGACUCUGGCAACGUACAAGGCAACACGGGUCUCGGAGGCAGUUCUGCUCAGGAGACGCAUGCGGGCAGUCAUAUUCCUCCCCCGGGUCAGCCGCAUACUACCCAUGCUGGCGCUGUGUUGGACCCCCACAUCGAGCAGACCUCUGGCCUUACGGGCGGCACGUCUGGUCUGACGGGCGGCUCUACCGGUCACACCGGGGGCUCGUCUGGCCUCACGGGUGGUCUCGGUGACACCACUUCCGGCCUCACAGGCAGCUCUACCGGCCACACUGGAGGCACCUCUGGUCUCACUGGGUCUUCCGGUCACACUGGGAGCUCCUCAGGCGGCAUUACGGGCGGUCUCAAAGACGCCGCUUCCAGCCUCACUGGUGGCUCUACCGGCCACACCGGCUCUACCGGCCACACUGGCGGCUCUUCUGGCCUUACAGGCAGCUCUUCCGGCCUAAGUGGCGGCUCCACUGGUCUCACUGGUGGCUCUACCGGUCACACUGGUGGCUCCUCUGGCGGCAUCACGGGUGAUCUCAAAGACGCUGCUUCCAGCCUCACUGGUGGCUCUACCGGCCACACCGGCUCUUCCGGCCACACCGGCGGCACCUCUGGCCUCACAAGCGGCUCCUCUGGCAUUGGCAGCACUCUCAGCGGCGACAGGACCGGACAUGGCCACGAACACACCCUUGGCACCGGAACCUCCUCAAACUCUGCUUCUCUGGGCGCGGCGAGCGGAGGCGCAACUGGCGGCAUAUCUGAUCGCUCCAAGGAGCUUGGCGACGGAGCUGGCUUUGACAAGUCUGCUACUGGCUACUCUGGCCCCGACACAUCUGUUAAGAACCGUGAAUCCACGCUUGGUAGUGGAUCUACGUCAGCAGCAGACACGACUAGUGGUGGCGGUAGUGGUGGUGUCGGAGCAGGAGCCCAUGGCGCCAAUGUUGCCGGUGCCGUGCACCCUGAACACCAGACGCCAGGCACAGGCGUGACGGGUGCCCACUCCAGCAGCAUCCCGCACGGCACCGACGUACGCCCUAGCGAGCGCGAUGCGUCGGGCCCGCACACGGGGAACGUAGGUGGCUUCGGCACGGCCGCGUCCUCGGUGAGCGCGGACCCGUCUUCCGCCCAGAAGCCCACAGACAAGCAGCAGGGUGGGGACAGGCCGCGCGAGGCACCAACAGGAGAAGGAGCCGCAGCGGUAAAGGAGACGAAAGACGCAGGCGAGGAGGCGCUCGCGAAGCGCGACCCCAACGACCACUCGGGCGAGCCGCUGAAGGUGCACGAUGGCUCUGAGAAGGCGAGCCAGAAGCGGGGCUCGAGCGCCGGCCAGGAGGGAGGCGGCGAGCAUGGCAGGGAGAAGGGGACGGGGGAGCAGUACGUCAAGACGACGGGAUUCAGGGCCGAUGGCGGCGACUUUGAUGCCGCGAAGCCGGGCGCGGGACGCGAGGCCGAUCGUAAGUCUUACUCUCACCCUACUCCCACUCCCACUCGUACCAACCACGGCGGCGGUGGUGGUGAUGUUGAUGGAGGCGCGGUGGCGGCGUACGAGCACAUGUUUGCGCUGAGGGCGGCUAGAGCAGCGGCGGCUAAUGUAGGCCACGACGUGGCGGGUGCUUCUGCAGGUCUGCUAGAGUCUAAGGGCGUGCAUCCUCAUGGCGGUGCUGGCGAUGCUGGCGAUGCUGCUCCUGCUAGCACGGACAGCCCAGCGCUGAGUGAGGGGGCGAGUGGUGCGAGUGGGAAGGAGGGGAAACCGGGCGUGGGGCAGAAGAUUAAGGAGAAGUUGCAUUUGGGGAAGCAUUGAGUGGGGGUUGGGGGGUUGAGGAUGGAUGGAGGGAAUUUGGGGAUGAGGGAUGGGAGAUGGGGGAUUGGGAAUGGAGGUCUGCUGUCAGAAGGCAGCUAGCCAGCCAGCUAGGGGCGUCCGAAAUGAUGGAUGGACGACGGACGACAGACGGCAGACAGACGACCUACGACUUACGACACGACCGGCACAUGACCUUGCUUUUUUUUCUUUCUCGUUCUCACUCCUUCUCUUUCUGCAUUCCUCUUCCAAUCACCCACCUACCUACUACUUACUGUACUCACAUUCCUCCCCUCGCCCAUCAAGCACCUCCCUCCUUUCUUCGCGCGCCCAGCUGCUGUAGGUAGCACUCACCCACUGUAGCACGCAUUCC